CGUGCGCGCUCCUGUGUGGGCAAUCAGUCGCCUACGCACUGAGGUGCAGAUAAAUCAGUAAAUUCACACGAGUUUCUCAAUCUAACACUUUCUCUCUCUCUCUCUCUCUUCUCUCUCACACACACACACACUCGAGAUGUCUGACACGGAGCCCAAAUCAGCCCAGGAUUUAACCGUGGUGGUGCAGAGUUUACUGCAGCAGAUGCAGGACAAGUUCCAGACCAUGUCCGACCAGAUCAUCGGAAGAAUCGACGAGAUGAGCACCCGCAUCGACGACCUGGAGAAGAACAUCUCCGACCUCAUGACUCAGGCGGGCGUGGAGGAGUUUGACGGAGAGAACAAAAUCGGCGACGCGUCAGGAACGGCAUGAUGAAGACAAAGAGCCACCGAUCCAAUAAGUGCAUGAGCGUACGCAGUUUUGGUACCGGAAGAAUCCCCCGUACGUUUGGGGAGCGUCCUGCGAUCUGUAGCCUGUGGUCAAAUGAGACUGUGAUGUGUGACGUCAUGGAUGUUCCUCUCUAGUUCCUCUCUAGUUCCUCCUUCCCUCCCUCCUUUCUUUCCUCCCUCAAAAUCAAAACAACCUUUCGGUGUCUGUGGUGGUAUUGAUUGUUUCUUUAUUCAUGCGUCUUGCACAAAUCCACGCUGCAUAAAUCCUACGUGCUGAACUUUAGCGCAACAGCGAAACAGAAGAACAUAGAUCUUAUUAAACGCCUGAUGUACUGUGAAUUUACACUCAGAUUUCCAGCAAAUUUCUUGGUGCUGUUGGUGAGAUUUUCUGCAAAGACCACCGGAGGGUUGAUUACUCGAAUGCCCAGUGUGAUUACUGUAUCUCAAAUAAAUAAAAGCAUGUUUUCAAACCACAAACAAGCUACGUGUUUAAAAGAAGAAGCCUGAGGUAAGAGGUUUAUAUCGGCUAUAACGGUUCGAUUUCAGUGUCACAGUGUCGACUUUUCCUGAGUAAAAUGUAUGACUAGAUGUUUAGCUGUUUCUGGUUGCAGAAGUUAUAACCUAAAUAGUUAAAAAAAAUUCUAGCGUAACUUUAAGGCAUUAGCAUGAGCUUUACGGUAUACGCAACAGUCUAAACACUGCUUUUAACAUUUUCAUAUUUUUGUUUUAAAGCCACAGAAAUCUGGAAACCAUGUUCAAUCUCAUACUGUCUUUAAUAUAACAAAAGUUACAGUGACAUCAUGGGCUUUCUUUCUAAAUAGUAUUUAAUAAAUACUCUAAAUUUAUGAUCGUUAGGAUUCAAGAGGCCAUUAUGAGAUUAUUAAUCAUAUCUUAAUGAAUCUAUUAUAUUUAUAGCUAAAGUCUUAAUAUAUGUCCUUAAACUUAUAUUAAAACGUUACUGAAAAAUAUUUGAAGCGUGCAUUUUGUUAUACUUUAAAUACAUACAUUAAUAAAGCUGAGCAGAUCCUAAAACACUAAACAUUAGAGAAUAUGUUAUUAGAAAACGUAGAGCUCCUCUAGGGUUCUCCGCUUGUCCCUCUAAAGUUUGUGUAAAAGAGCUCUUAAUUAUCAAACGAACCCCUAAAGAACUCUUUAACACUUUUUCCUAAGAGUAUACUUUUUUUUUUUUUUUUUUUUUUUUUUUUUGGACAUUCUGUAGUGCUCUGUUAGAAUAAAAAAUUUCUUUUGUAGGAAAAUACAAAAUUUUCUGGUAAUAUUAAGUCUAAUUUGUGUAUUAGUGCUGGAUUUUUUUUUUUUUUUUUUUUAACUAAAGGAGAGUCAAGACACAUUGAAGAAACAAUUUUAUCCUUAAACAAAAUGCCUGUAUGUGCCCCAACUCCCAGAAAAAAAAAAAAAAAAAUCACCAAUGAAGCCAUAAAUUUAAGGGAAACGUUUGUGAAAAAUAAAAAUCAGGCAAAUAUGAAAUUUUUGUCAGAGACACAGAGCUUCUAAAUGAACCGUAUUCGACUAUAACACUGCUAAAAGUUGCUUUUAUGUUGAAAACAAACAAAAAACAUCAAAACAAAAGCUUUUAUUUACAGAACUCGUUCGAUAUUAGACGUAAUAUCCAGUCAAUAAACACACGGUUGAUGAUCUCGGAGUAUAAUAAUGUUACACACCUCAAUAACGCGCUGACGCAAAUUCAUAACAUUCCUAAUUUGCUCUGUGCAUGCGUAAAAAUAUAAAACCCUAUAACAUUAACGCUAUGCAUGAUCCUGGACACCAUACAAUCUGUAAUACAUAUGAAUAUUUAUCACUUAACACCAAAUAUGGUGCUCUGAUCUUUAGCUAGUGCAUGCUUAAUGAUUUAUCGGUUUAUUGCGAUGCUAUACAACUCGGUUAGCUAGCUACAGGAAACGUACUUCUGCCAUUUACUAGUUAACGAGAAUAAAAAUGUGAUUGUGGUUUUGUUAAAAUAGGACAUUAACACAAGGGUACACUAAGUAGCAUAGGAUUAAAGAAUUUUUAAUCAAAUUUUAAUCACAGAUGUAUCAGAAGAGUCUGCAGUUGACUCUGAAAAACACCUCGGAAUAAAUAUUUUUAAAUGACGAGAUACCUCUGAGUCUGCUCUACGCUUUCUGACGUAGUUUAGCUGGAUAUUUUUGCUCAGGAUAUUGUUACGUACAUCCUAACAAACGUAAACGUAUUCUCUACUAACAAUCCAGAAUUGUAUUUUCAUUUCUUUUUAAUCUUUAAUGAUAGUCUUUUAACUAACUAACUAACUAACUAACUAACUUUGCUGUCCAGGUUUUUUUGGUUUGCGGCCCAUGAUCCCCGUGUUGGCUCAGGGAGAUUUUCCGUGCUACAUUUUGCCCUUUGUUUUUUUUUUUUUUUUUUUUAAUUUUUUUAUUUGUCUGUACAAAUGUGUAGAUUUGUACCGAAACUACAUUCUAGAAAUAAAACAGAAUUGAAUGUUUAUAUAACCGAGACCUUUAAAAUCUAAGUAAAUGGUCUAAAUAGCAAAGUAAAUGUACCCAAUUUUUAAAAAAAAAAAAUGUUUAAUGGAUUAACUAUGACACUUAUAAUCAAACUGGGCAUGUUUAAACAGUAGUUGAUUGUGUAGUAAAAUGCUGGAGUUAUAACAGUACUGUUCCUUUCAACACAGGUGCUACUUAUUUUAUUAUUAUUAUUAUUAUUAUUAUUUUUUGGUGGGUUGGAAAUUAAAGAUGACUUCUUGAGGAAAUUACCUCCAUAUAUAUUGUUAUAUUCAUGUAUCUUUGACAGAUAUACUGAUUGUUCAACAGGUUGGAUGUACUCAAUUUACUUGAAUCAGUUUACUAAGAAAAUAAAAACGUGCUAUUUCUUUGCACCUUACACCUGGAAUCGAAUUUUUCCAGUUGAAGGUGCUGUAUUUGGUGCCAUCGAGACGUUUUUGGAUUUGUAAAAAUAAUACUUGAUUUGUAUUAUUUUUAUCUUACUGUAUGUAAUCUGUGUUGUGUUUGCAUGACAAUAUUCAGCCUGCUAUUAUGUUAGAGACAGAGAUUCUUUGUGAAUGUGACUUGUGGUCAUUUUCCCUCCCUGCUAAAUAAUGCUUAAUAAAGGAAAUACUCUUUGAUUUCUCUCUGAUCUUAAA